GAGGUCCUUGACUGUCUCCUUCACUGAAGGCUCGCAGACUGACACACAGCUGAGCUGAACAUCCACAGAGCUGGCCGCUGUCCUUGCUGCACACCGGAGGCGAAACAACAACAACCGGGAGCUUUGCGAUGAUCUCGCUGGACUUCAAUUUCAACAUUUUGACCCGGGACCUGUCGCAUUAUCUGGAGAAUCAGGUGAAAGUUGGACUCUUCGGCUCGGGAGUGGGGCUGUCCCUGGUGCUGGGCUUUAGCGCAGCCUACACCUGCUACUACUUGAUCUCAGUAGCGAAGAAACCACAGCUUAUCUCGGGGGGUAAGAACUUCUGCCAGUUCCUGAGGGACCAUUGUCCGGUGGUGUCAGAGACCUACUACCCCACCUUUUGGUGCUGGGAAAGCCGCAUCCAGACUCUGCUGAGACCCUUUCUCACAGCGAAACCUCGGGUUGUUUACAGAAAUGAGCUUAUUAAGGCAGCAGAUGGAGGACAGAUCUCUUUGGACUGGUUCGACAAUGACGACAGCCUCUCUCAUCCCAACCCUGCGACCAGGCCCACAGUCCUCCUUCUCCCCGGUCUGACCGGUACCAGCCGAGAGUCCUACAUCCUGCACAUGGUCCAACAGAGCCGGGAUCUGGGCUAUAGAUGUGUGGUGUUCAACAACAGAGGCGUUUCCGGUGAAACAUUGCUGACCCCGAGGACCUACUGUGCAGCCAAUACAGAGGACCUGGAGACUGUUAUUGAGCACGUCCAGAGGACCAAUGAAGCUGCUCCAAUCAUGGCUGCUGGAGUGUCCAUGGGCGGGAUGAUGUUGGCCAAUUAUUUGGGGCGUAAGGGCCGGAAAACCUGCCUGAAAGGUGUCGCAGUCUUCUCAGCGGGCUGGGAUGUGUUUGAGUGCACCGCCUCGCUGGAAAAACCCUUGGAUCGAUUCCUAUUCAACUCCUACCUCACUAGCUGUCUGCAAGCCUCCGUGCACAGACACAGACCGGUGCUUGAAAAAUGCUACGACAUUGAUCAUAUCAUGAAGGCAAAGACCAUCCGCGAGUUUGACGAGAGGUUCACCUCCAUAAUGUUCGGUUAUCCCACCAACGAUGACUACUACCGCGACGCCAGCCCUAUCCAUGGGCUGAAAUCUGUGCAAGUGCCAAUGCUGUGUCUGAACGCUGCUGAUGAUGUCUUCUCUCCGUCUCACGCCAUUCCGGUGGAGGCAGUGAAGCAGAAUCCCAACCUCGCCCUACUUCUUACCUGUCAUGGCGGCCACAUUGGCUUCCUCGAGGGCCUCUGGCCUCGACGGAGCACUUACAUGGACCGAGUCUUCAAGCAGUUUGCUAAGGCAGUCAUCGAACACGGCAACCGGCUCAACGACCUCUCCUGAUUGAGGAGAACUUUUCCUUUUGCUCUACUUCCACAUACCGUUUUCCUUAAUGCCUUUUUCUUUUAUUUCAUUGUUUUGUUUUUAAAUCUUUGUCUCUUCUUUCCAUCCUUUUCCUCUUCCAUCCUCGCCUCCAUCCCCACGUACUGCAUUCCAUCCUUUGUUCUCUCGUCCCUAACUAAACCAAUUCUGCCUUUUUCCUUCCCUCCAUUGA